GGGCGUGCAAACACCAGCCACUUCCUUUUUUUUUGUUUCCCCUGAAAUUCAGCCGCCCGGUAUUGUCCAGGAGAAGUGCGAUGGCCGAGAGCGUCCGUUCCACCAUCGAAAAUGUCCUGGAGGACUUGACGGAGGACGAGCUCCGAAAAUUCAAGGCGAACCUCCACGACUACCAGGUCAAGCCGGGCUACAACAAUAUCCCCCGAGGGCAGCUGCAGAAGGCCGACGCGCUAGAUCUGAGCGACCUCCUGGUCAGUUUCUACAACGAGGACUACGCCGUGGAGGUGGCCGCCGCGGUGUUGAUGGCCAGCAACUGCAAGCCUCAAGCUCAGAGGCUUCUCAGAGCCGUCUAGAA